AUGGAGGAGCCAUCCAAGCAGGUAGACAGUGAUUUUGUAAGGCCCAGGUCCAAACCAUCCCUCUUCUCCAAUCUAGAAGGGACAUCUCCCAUGGACAAGGUAACUCAAGGCCGGAUUCCAGACAGAUUUGGUGACCUUGGAGACCCUGGUGGCUCAGGGUACCAUGGUGGUGAUGGCAACCACAGAGGCUUUAGCAGAAAGGGCAGGUAUGGUGGUCCCCCAGGAGGAGGACCCCCUGGAGACCCUUGGGAUCCCGAUGGUGGUGGUGACCCUCCAGCUGGCCCUGGAGGAGGUGGAGGAGGAGACGGUCCCAGACGCAAGUUGUUCCAUGCUAAACCAGAUGCCAAUGCGUACACCACCCUCAAGUCCAACAAGGACUUCGACCAAUGGUACAGCGCGUUUAUAACAACGGCUAGGGCACAGGGAUUCUAUGCUCUCUUUGACUCCAAUUAUGUGCCAUCGGACCAGGAAUCCGCUUUUGAGCUCCGUAGGAUGAACGAAUGGUUCUAUGCGGUCCUACAGAAAAUCAUCAAGACAACCAAGGGCAAGGAUGCCCACACCUCUGUGGAAGGUACACUGGAGUCUGUGGAGACCCUCAACUGGCUCACCAGGGUCAAGUACUCCACAACCAAGGGUUCUGCAGUGGAGUUCAUCAUCCACUACGAUGAGGUUCUCACACGAUACAAUGACUCCAAGACCAACGCGCAGGAUAAACUCAGUGAUAGUAUCCAAAAACUGUUCCUACAGCAGGCGUUCAUCGACAUCAAGGUUCUCAAUGACAUCAGCGCCAGGGAACAGGAGAACAUGUGCAGUAACGGUGCCCACAUGUCCUACUCGUAUGAGAAAUACAAGGAGGUCCUGACCAACGCUGCUACCAGGUUUGAUGUCAACCACAAGCUUCUACCCCCUGGUAGAUCCCGCAGAGCCAACAUGGCUAUGAUCGACGAGUCUGAGGGUGAAGUCGGGCAACCUGAUGGCAUGGAUAGUCCAACGGAUGACCACACUCAUCUCCAAGCAUUUGCGGCCAUGAGGGACCCCUCUGUCCGGCUCCCAGACCAACAUUGGACCCAACUUUCUAAUACGGGCAAGAAGAAUUGGCAUCAAUUCGAUGAUCAUGACAAGAAGGUACUGAUGGCAUCCCAGCCGCCAGCACCCGCCGGUCGCCAAGCCAACGUUGCCAACAGCACAAUGGACCCCCACAGUGAAGCUGACCUUGCAGUCGGGGACACAUCAGGACCAUCAUUGGAUGUAAACCAGGCAGAUACGACACCUUCAGUUGGCAAACCUGCGGCUUCCCCAUCACAUUCGGCACCCCAGGCAAAGGCAAAUGACAAACACCCUGGGGAUGUCCGUCGAAUGAUGUCAAACAACACAGGCAAACGGCAGGGUUACACCGUCUCGUUCAGCCCUGAUACUGGUUCUGCCCCACCAUCUGCCUUUGCCAAGGCCACGGGUGAUGACAUUGACACCAAGUUACAGGCCUACUGGUCCUCUAGUCAGAUGCCUGUCAGUUGGAGCAUUUCGGGUGCCGUGUCCAUGACAAGGCCCUGA